AUGUCGCCAAAUCCAACAGACGUCGGUGCGGCGCAGCCUACCAAGGGUGUUUUCCGCCAAUUUCGCGAAAAUCCGUACAUCUUUGGCCUCUCGGCUUUUGCGUCUCUCGGUGGAUUCCUCUUUGGCUAUGACCAAGGUGUUGUCUCUGGUGUCCUUGGGAUGGAGAAUUUCGGUGCGCUCUUCCCAAGGAUCUAUCUGGACAGUGGCUUCAAGGGCUGGUUUGUCUCUACGCUGCUUCUCACAGCAUGGUUUGGCUCCUUGAUGAAUGGUCCGAUUGCGGAUCGCUUUGGUAGAAAGGGCUCAAUGAUGGCUGCUGUAGUGGUGUUCCUUCUUGGAUCUGCUCUUCAAUCUGGCGCAACUACAAUCGGCAUGUUGUUUGGUGGACGAGCUGUUGCCGGUCUGGCAGUUGGUAUGCUUACAAUGAUUGUACCCAUGUAUAUGUCAGAAGUUUCUACGGCUGGUAUUCGAGGAACGCUUGUUGUGCUACAGCAGUUGAGCAUUACUCUGGGAAUUCUUGUCAGCUACUGGCUUGAGUACGGCACUCAAUACAUCGGCGGUACCCGUUGUGCCCCUGACAUCCCCUACUCAGGUGGCACUCCUGAGAAGCCAACUUUUGACCCCCGAAACGACGUUGGCCCCAACGGCUGCACUGGGCAAAGCCAAGCUGCGUGGAGAGUCCCUUUUGCCUUGCAAAUUGUCCCUGCACUUAUUCUCGGUAUUGGAAUGAUCUUCUACCCCGAGUCUCCGCGCUUCUACCUCAUGCGAAAGAACGAAGAAGCAGCCCUUCGCUCACUGGCCCGCCUCCGACGUGUCCACCCCGAUUCCGAGUCCCUAAGAGAAGAGUAUCUCUCUAUUAAAGCCGAGGUUAUGUUCGACGAAGCUCACUCUCGGGAGAAGUACCCCGGCAAGAAUGGUGUCAGCCUCUUCUUCGCCGAAUACUACGGUUUACUGUCAACUUGGCCUAGCUUCAAACGCGUGUUUAUCGGAAGUGCCAUCAUGUUUUUGCAACAAUUCCAGGGAUGCAACGCCUUGAUUUACUAUGCUCCGACUAUUUUUGGACAGCUGGGACUAUCAGGAAACACUACGUCUCUACUAGCAACAGGAGUUUAUGGCAUUGUCAACACCCUGAGCACUCUACCCGCCCUCUUCCUCAUUGAUCGAGUUGGAAGACGACCUCUGCUCAUGUGCGGUGCUACUGGGACAUUCAUCUCCCUUAUCAUUGUCGGUGCUAUUGUCGGCAAAUACGGCGCUGGCCUUGGCGAUCAUAAAGUCCCAGGUGGAGUUGCAAUUGCCUUUAUCUACAUCUACGACGUCAACUUCUCCUAUUCAUUUGCUCCUAUCGGAUGGGUGUACCCCUCGGAAAUCUUCAACUUGGGUAGCAGAUCCAAGGCUAUGGCGAUCACUACUAGCUCAACUUGGAUGUGCAACUUCAUUAUUGGAUUGGUCACUCCUGAUAUGCUCGAGACUCUCAAGUGGGGCACAUAUAUCUUCUUUGCAGCCUUUUGCUUAAUCGGUUUGGUAUUCACAUACUUUUGCGUGCCUGAGACCAAGGGUCGCACAUUGGAGGAUAUGGAUCGCGUCUUUGGUGAUGAGACAGCUCUGCAGGAAAAGGAGAGGCUGUUUGCUAUUGCUGCUUCUCUGGGUUUGACAGCUUCUAUUCCGCCUGAGAAGACCGAGGCAAUGACAGCUGAGGCUGAAGAGUAUGUCUAA